AUGAGUGGUGAUUCGAAGUGGUCAUGUGGUGACGAAAUUUUUAUUUCAGAAACUUUGGAGAAGUAUCGCAAGUUGGAAUCGAUACAGAUGUCGUGUUUGCAGAAUGCUCGAAAAUGUGAUGAGCAGUCGAAAGCGUUACGAAAUCUGAAUGCAGACGGUAGUGAGGCUGUUCGAAGAAAUGAAGAAGCUAUCGGGCAGUUGAAAGGUGAGAAUCGUGGUCCGGGAGGGAUAUACGGGGGGGGGAGGGGAUUGAUGUUGGAUAUUCCUGGAUAUUUCAACAGACUGUUCAUCAUGAUGAACGCAUAUUUGUUCAUUCAGCUGUUGAUUCGUGGAAAUGAGCAGUUACAGUAA